CCGGCCGCAACUUUUGCAGAAGGGGGCGUGUGAUCUAGUGAGAGCUCGGGGUCCGGGCGGCUGCCGGUGCUGCUGCCGCCGCCGCCGGGGGGAGGGGAAAGAGCCGAGCCGCAGAGAGUCCCAGUCCUGCGGGUGCCUGGUGCAAGGGGAGCAGAGACGGCAGUGUGCGAGCGGGGAAGGAAAGGCGCAGGAGAGACCUUGCAACUCGCACGCGGGGCUUCGCCUUGUGACUCCCGAGGGCUCGUGUGGCGGGGCAGAGAAAGGGCUGGCACACACAAAGAAAUCGCUCCAAGCCCGGCAUGGUGCAGCAAGCAGAAAGUACAGAGACUGAAAGCAAUCUGCCCAGGGAGGCGAUGGACACCGAAGAGGGCGAGUUUAUGGCAUGCAGCCCGGUCGCUUUGGAUGAGAGCGACCCGGACUGGUGCAAAACGGCUUCAGGGCACAUUAAGAGACCGAUGAAUGCGUUCAUGGUGUGGUCUAAAAUCGAGAGGAGAAAAAUCAUGGAGCAGUCUCCGGACAUGCACAACGCGGAGAUCUCCAAGCGCCUGGGCAAGCGGUGGAAAAUGCUGAAGGACAGCGAGAAGAUCCCCUUCAUCCGGGAGGCGGAGAGACUGAGGCUCAAACACAUGGCCGAUUACCCCGACUACAAAUACAGACCCAGGAAAAAGCCCAAAAUGGACCCAUCAGCCAAGCCCAGUGCCAGCCAGAGCCCGGAGAAAAACGCACCCACCAGCAGCAGCAGCAAAAGCGCCAAGAGCUCCAGUAAGAAAUGUAGCAAGCUGAAGUCCUCCUCCUCCUCCUCUCCCGCCAAGCCCGGGGCUAAAGCCACCCACCCCGGGGACUACGCGGGGGAGGACUAUGUCUACGGCACCCUGAAAGUGAGCAGCAAAACCGUCAAGUGCGUCUUCAUGGACGAGGAGGAGGAGGAGGAGGAGGAGGAGGACGAGCUGCAGCUCAGGAUCAAGCAAGAGGCGGAGGAGGAGGAGGACGAGGAAGACGAGCAGCAGCAGCAGCGGCGAUAUAAUGUAGCCAAAGUCCCGGCCAGUCCCACCUUGAGCUCCUCGGCAGAGUCCACCGAGGGGGCCAGCCUGUACGAAGAGGUGAGGGGCGGCGCCGCCUCGCACGGCAGCAGCGGCAGCAACAGACUGUACUACAACUUCAAGAACAUCACCAAGCAGAACACCCAGCAGCAGCCCAGCCUGUCCCCGGCGUCUUCCAGGUCCAUCUCCACCUCCUCCUCCAGCAGCGAAGAGGCGGACGACCUGAUGUUCGACCUGAGCUUGAAUUUCUCCCAGCACCCUCACGCCGCCUCGGAGCUGGGGGUGAGCUCCGCUUCGGGGAACCUGUCUCUGUCCCUGGUGGAUAAAGAUUUGGAUUCGUUCAGCGAGGGCAGCUUGGGCUCUCACUUCGAGUUCCCCGAUUACUGCACCCCGGAGCUGAGCGAAAUGAUUGCAGGGGACUGGCUGGAAGCGAACUUUUCCGACUUGGUCUUCACUUACUGAGCCGCGGGAAGGCGUGUCGCUGGUGAGAACAACCGAGCAGAGAAAUCGGAGAGGAAAGAUGAUGCUGGUGAUGAUGUGAUGGAAGUGGGGGAGUAAAAAAUGAAAUAAUAAAAUGUCUUCUUUUCUUUUUCUUUUUUUCUAUUUUUUUUUUUUUUAAGUCUCAAAGUUAGUUCCAAACCGAGCCCGGAGUUAUGAUUUUUUUUUUAAUUUGGUGAUCGCAACAACAACAAAAAGGCAUGGGGGACUGGGGGAAAAAUGAUUCAGAAGUCGAUGUUCGAAGCUUGUCGGUCUGUGAUUGAAGUCUGGAAGAUGGUCUGCAAAGAAGUCUUUUGGCAGCACAACUGUUACUCAAGGGGGUUGUGGAUUUUUUUUUUCCCGCGAGAGAUCUUAAAAGAACUGUUCUGAUUUGAUUUUUUUUUUCUGAAAGGGACCAUUGCAACUUUUUUUGGAGGGAGAAAACUGAUGUCUUCUAUGCAUCCGAUUCUUAACAAAGCUGCAGGGAGCUUGAAAAAAUGCAGACUGUACAAACGCUUACAAAAAGAAAAAAAAACUGUGAACUGACUUAAGAUCAGAGUUUACUUUUCAGAUCAAAUUGUCUAUGGUUUUACAAAUGUGAUUUCUACUUGCCAACUUUUUUUUUGUAACUUGUUCCCUUAUACCUCCUUGAUUGAAUACCAGACAGCCUAGACCUCAGUACAAAAAGGAGCCGUCAGAUUUCAGUUUUACACUUUGAAAGAACUGCUGAUGGCAAUAAACAGACUCAAGGUGGAAGUGUGUUUCUCAAGAAGUUUACUUUUUAUCUGAUAGGCAUUGGUCGAUCCUUUUAUCUUUUUAUCCACUAAUAAAUGAUCCAGCUGUUUACAAGGACAAUUCACUGUGCUGGUAAUUUUGGUGGCAACCACUGCUACAGGCUUUCAGACUUGCUGAAAAUGAAAAUCCUGCAUACAUAUUUGUAAGGCAUAAUAAAACACAACAUUUAAACCUGCAUGCAUGUUAUGUUUAAUCAAAGACAACUCUUAGGCAUUUAAGUGGUGAGAUAGCUACUUUAGGUUAGUUAAAUAAUCUGGUAGUUAAAUGAUUCAUAUAAUCUGAUCUCUUUCUCAUAAUAAUAAUAAUUUAAAAAACUUACUCAUGAGUCUAAAUAAAAGCUUUUUGGCCUAAAUCCUUGCUAUCAGAAAAGAGAUGUAGAGUAUCUGGGAAUCUAAAUUUAUGUCUUGCAUUGUGAUAAUUCUUUAUGAAAAAAAACUGUUUUAAAACAAACAAGUACAACACACAAAAUACCCUUGGCAAUGGAUAGUCCUCAAUAAAACAGAAUUUCUUGAAUUUUAAGUUUUUUUGGUCUCAAAUGAUUAGUAUGUUCUCUAUAUAAUUACUUAGCAAUUAGACUGAAAACAAAUGACAUUUAUCUCUUCUAAGGCAAAAAGAAAAAAAAAAAGAAAGAAAAAGAACUAAAGUGCUCUACAGCCUAGCUAUUAGCUGUCCUACUGUUGAAAACCAGUUCAUGUUCAUGGGCUAGGGUGAUAGCAUUAGAUGAUCAUAUUCCAAUCCUUUAAAACUGAGCCAAAAUUCUCUUAGCAAUUCUUCAAGCUAUCAUGAGAGGGUGUGGACAAUUUCUUCCACUCCCUUCUUUCUGAUAUGCAUCCUUGUUUAUUAAAAUGAUAGGCAGUGUAAUUGAACAUUUGUGUUUUGCAAAUGUUCAGUGAGUUAUGUAUUAAUGAUGGUCAAAUCUAAGCUGGAUUCAGUUUGUAAUAAGGUCUAUGUUUCAGCUCACAAAAAUUUUUGGAGGAAAUUUUUACAAUUAUCAUUACAAAAUAUUGAUCAAGAAUAACUAAUUUGAAAUAUCCAAGUAUAGAGCAGUCAGGCAGAUUUUAAAGAGCAACAGGUCUACUUUAGUCAAAGGAAAUAAACACCCUGCCAAAAGAGUCUUGGCUUUUGGAAGGGAACAUGUAAAAUUAAUAUUUUGAGUGACGAUGCAAUGUACAGGGGGACAGUACAUAUUUUUUUUCCCCAAAAAGUUUGACAUUUCAUUCAUUUGAGAGCUUAACUUUGCAUAUUGCCCAAGGAAAAUGAAUGAGUAUUCUAAUUAAGCCACGAGACUUUUAGGGCUAGAACUUGCUCCUUGUUGAAAUCAAAGCCUGAACUCCCACUCAUUUUAGUGAGAGUAAGAGCAGUCUUACAGUCACUAAAGAUCACAUCAGCUAGGUUAUCCUCAUAUUUUAUGUGUGGGGUGUUUCUGGUCAAAUUGAAUAAUCCUAUUCCCAGUUUUUCCUUUUAAGUAUGCAUAUGAAUUCUUGUUGACUACCCUCUUGGAGAAAUCUUUAUGUUCCAGGCUUAGUGUCUCCCAUUUACUUUCUUAUUGCUGCCCCUGUUUUCAUUUGGUCUCCGUAAAGUACUUUUCUUUGUGUAAGCAGACUUAUGGGCACAAAAGAAGAAACUCAGCUUUUUCCAAUUGGAAAAAACAACUUAGGAUCUCACUUAAAUAUCAGACCUAGAAAAAGGUGGUGGUAUUUUUUAGAUUUUUGAAAAUGAACGUUUUUGGAAAGUUAACUUCAAUUGACAUUUUCCCUUUUGGUUGCUGUCUUCUGUUUAUUCUCUCAACUGUAAAAGUACUAACUCACAGUAAAUUGUUUAAUUCCUUUAAAAGGACAAUAUUUUUCAAAUUUAACAGGAAGACAUAUUUAAAAUGUCUUUUAAAUGUCUCGUGGUCUAAAGUGUAGGCAUCCACAUCCACCCAGGGUAAACUUCCCCAAAGGUAGAAUCUACUGAAUGUGGUUUGCAUCUGUGUGUCCUGCUUCUUCACUUACACAAGUAUAAAUCAAGUGCAACUCUAUAGUUAUUCUAGUGUGAAACUCCUGUGAGGUAAGAAUCAGGGCCAUGUAGUUUUCAGCUAUUUGAUACUCUGUUAUAGUUCAUUCAUUUUCUCUCUAACCUUGCCACAUCUUCAUAUUGAUGCCCUGGUAUGCGCUUAUACCUGCAUUUCUUAACAAAAAUUCUCAUUGAGCUUAAUGAGAGUUUUUUGCUUCAAGAAAGAUGUGCGGAAUUGGGUCCCAAUUCUUCCUGUUUUUUUGAAAAACGUAGUUCUCUUUCUAAAUUGCCCUUAAUCUUCACUUAUGAUAAUGACCAGAAAGAAACUCCCUAUACUGAGAUGCCUUACAUUUCAACUAUACAAUUUUAUUCCUUCAAUUUCUCUUUUUUCCCAAAUUUCAGGCUGUGAUUUUUAAAAUUUAUUAUUUUUUUACACACUACCUGUAUCAAUUAACUGCCUAAUUAGUUUUAUCUUCUCUACAUGGAUGCAGUGAAUUUGUAAGAGAAUUUCACAAGCAAGUAGUUUUUUAGUGAGUUUAAAGUAAAUAGAGUUUUAAAGACCUAUUUUUAUAUUCAAUAUAAAGCACAAAUGUGCAGAAAGUGUAGAAUGACUUAC